AUGACAACCCCCUCCCCGAAGCCCCCGAUAACCUGCCACGUCCUCGACACUACCCUCGGUCGUCCAGCCUCCUCCAUCCCGGUAACCCUAACCCUGCACAACCCACCAUCCUCUCUUUCCACCUCUUCACUUACUUUCACCUCAACAACCAACUCAGACGGCCGGGUAACAUCCUGGCAACCAAGUUCUCCGUUCUCAGCGGAUGGACUGGAAGUCGUAUUUAAGAGACCGGGAGAUCAGACGUGGAGCUUGAGAUUUGACACGGAGAGAUAUUUUGGGGAACGGGGGGUGAAGGCCUUUUUUCCGGAGGUGGUGGUUCGGUUUUUGGUGCGGGAGGGAGAGAGGGGAAGGGGGAAGGAUGAGCAUUACCAUGUUCCGGUUCUGCUGGGGCCCUUUGGGUAUACGACGUAUCGGGGGAGUUAG